AUGCUCCCCAAGUGCAAGUUCCUCUCAUUGGCCAUCCUCCAAUCAGAGCUCAGUCUGGAGGUAUUUAAGGCGGCAUCGCCACCUCAGGCCGGAUCCUGUAGUUGCGGCUCAGCCUUUCACAUGAUCUGUGAAGACGAACCAGCAUUGCUUUGCUGCUCUCCUCGAAGGCCCCGACCCCGGCACUCUCCCACUCCGACUAACCCACUCGUCGCCCGGGCCUCCUACGCCGAGAUGGCCGGACAGGUCUGUACAACCCUUGGAAGCAGUGAAGAUCGGACCAGUGGGAGGCCGAUACAGCCGACUAUCGAUCAGCGGGGAACAUACAUGUGUUGCCAGGGCCUCCGUAAAUUAACCAAUGUUCCCACAUUUCUUCUGCUAAUGGUGGCCUCUCUCGUGGGACUCUCCGUUAUCGUCAACAUGGGCCUCUGUAUCUCCUGUCUUGUGGGCAAGCGCAACACGGAAAGGCUUGGAAAAUGA